AUGAAUACUGCAGAACUUUAUGAAAAAGCCGAGCAAGCUGUGAGAGAAGGCAAGAUAACAAUAACCCCCAAAUCGCAAGAGCAGAAAUUAUUUGACUGGUUUGCGAAUAAGGAUCCAUGGUGUCUCAGUAGGCAGCUAGUAUGGGGACAUAGGAUUCCUGCAUAUAAAGCGAAUGACUCCCCAUGGUUCAUUGCGAACUCAUUGCUGGAUGCUUUGAAACAUUUUGGUGAAGAUGUGCAAAUUGAACAGGAUCAUGAUGUGUUGGAUACGUGGUUUAGUUCAUCCUUGAUUCCCUUAGUGAAUGCCGGAUGGCCUGGACCCGAGUUCAAUCCAUCAGCGCCUCUUCUUGAUGUAAUGGAGACUGGUUGGGAUAUUCUCGGAUUUUGGGUUGCUAGGAUGAUAAUAAUGUCAAUGAGGCUAUCCGGCGGGCAAGUGCCAUUCCCUCACGUUCUGCUACAUGGGCUGAUUCGCGAUUCUUCCGGAAGAAAAAUGAGUAAAUCACUGGGUAAUGCCAUUGAUCCCCUCGACAUAAUUGAAGGAAUAUCUAAGGAGAAAAUGUUGGAUAGGAUAAAAAAUAGUGCACUCUCUCUGGAGGAGAUUGCCGCGGCGACAUCUGCAAUCUCAUCUCAUUAUCCUGAAGGUAUUCCUCGCUCUGGUACGGAUGCUCUUCGUUUUGCUUUGUUGAGGCAUGAUUUGCUUGCGUCAGAUAUUCCGCUCAGCAUUGCUGAUUUUUCUGCUGAGGGUCAAUAUAUGUAUAUGAAGGGUCUUCGAUUUUGCAACAAGCUUUGGAAUAUGGUAGCUUAUAUGGAGAAGGUUGCUAGCAACUCCCCUACACUAAAAGAUGUAGACUCUGAGAAUCCGGCGGAUGAGUGGAUCAUCUCGAAAUUGGCCGGAACGCUGAAGCAAGUAGAUGGUCACAUGUCAGACUGUGCUCCUCAUUUAGCAUUUGCCGCACUUCACAACUUCAUUCUUAGUUUUUUAUGUGACGUGUACUUGGAAACCACAAAACGUGCGCUUUGGAAUGGUGAUUUGCGUAGAAUUUCUGAAAUUCGUACUACUUUAAAUCGUGUUAUCCAGCCAACCCUUGUACAGCUCUCCGUUUUUAUGCCGUUUGUGGCACAACAUCUGUAUGAAAAAGCUUUCAGUAGAGAGCCGGGUUCAAUUUAUUUCGAUUUUGUCAAGGUUCGCUUUUUAACCACACCAUCAUUUUUCCAAAUUUAUCGAAAUGAGGAGCUCGAAUCUGAUAUGGAUAUAUUGUUGCGGCUUGUUAAAGUGGUGCGAUCACUGAGGAAUCAGCUUCAAUUACCUUCGUCGAUGAUUUUUCAAGGUGUCUUGCAAUCCGAUGAUGUUUCCAGCAACUUCUUAAACGUUUUGCCAAUUCUCACUGACCUCGCCAAUCUUGAAAUUUUGGACUUAAAGCCGCUCGAUCAUGCUGCUCCGCUUGGGUUCAUGGCUUGUCCGGACUCUCAUCGAUUGGAAUUCACUAAUCGCUUAGAAAGGCUACUGAAGAAAUCUGAAGAGCGCAGUGAGCAGUUUCUUGGCAAAGCAGAGAAGUAUGAAGCAAUCGUUGUCAAGGAAAGGAAUGAAGGAAAGGUGAAGCCUCAUGUCAUCGAGAAGAACGAAAGGAAGGCACGUCAAGCACGUUAUGUUGCUACAAGCGCAGAAGAAGAAGCCAAACGACUUCGAAAACUUCUCGAAGAAAUGCAGUCAGGAUAG